CCCAUGUUUCCUGACCCACACACACAUCAUGGGCUGGUAACAAACAUAAGGACAACCUAGGGCUUGAUUUGCUCUGUUGACAGCCUAGCCUUGUUUUUUCCCCUUCCUGCUGGUACUUGGUCCCAGCUGGAAGUGUAUAGUUUUUUUCCUAUGCCAAUUUAAGCAACAGGUGCCAUUUUUUUUUUUUUGCUUCCUUGUAGGGGGCCCUGGCACAAGCGCAGGUUUUAUUGGGACUCUAACAGGAAAGGCACAGAGAGCCAUUGUGGUGCUUUCGAUCGGAAAACUAUUCCGGACCGGGGAAUUGACUCUUGAGAUUGUGUUUUCAGCCUGUUAGUGCAUGAGAGAGAUGGAAGCGCGGUCCUCCACCACUACGACUACCAUAGUCGAGGCUAAGAAUGACCUGAGCGCACAUCCCACACGUUCGUCCAAACGCACCUUAACCGAUGACCUGCACACCACGUUCAGCUCCCCCAUGGCCUGGAUCCUCGUGCUGGCUCUCAUCGUAACCUGGUCGGCCGUGGCGGUCAUUAUGUUUGACCUGCUCGACAGCAAGGGUCUUGAAGGACCUCAGCCACACCGUGUCAGGAAAACACUAAAGGAAGCAGGCAGCCUUAGAGGGGGUAUUCAGCACAUCAGCUCUGAUCCCAUGAAGGCGGUGAACGAAGCCAUGGACGACUCUACCGAUUGGAUAACAUCAGUCUUGACUUUUAUGACUAAUUUGGUAGCACCGGAAGAGGAGGAGGAGGAAGGUGAGCGUCAUUUUGUGAGGAAAAAAGGAGAAUUCUUGCCACCGAGGAAAAAAGUUGCAGAGAUACGGGCCAAGGAGAUGUUAGAAGAGGAAGGGGAGUAUGAGGAGGAAGAGGACGAGGAGGAGGAAGAUGAGGGGCAUGCUGAAGAAGAGGAGGAGGAGGAGGAAGAUGAAGAAGAAAAAGAGGAAGAAGAUGGUGAUGAGAUCGAGGAGGAGGAAGAAGAGGAUGAAGAAGAAGAAGAAGAAGAGGAGGAGGAAGAAGAAGAAGAAGAGAAGGCAGAUGCUGAGGAGGAGGAAGCAGCAGCAGCAAAGGAAGCUGUGGAGGAGGAGGGAAAAGAAGAGGAGGCUGAAGAAAAGGAGGAAGAGAAGGCAGAUGCUGAGGAGGAAGAGGAGGAGGAAGCAGCAGCAGCAGAGGAAGCUGUGGAGGGGGAGGGAAAAGAAGAGGAGGCUGAAGAAAAGGAGGAAGAGAAGGCAGAUGCUGAGGAGGAAGAGGAGGAGGAAGCAGCAGCAGCAGAGGAAGCUGUGGAGGGGGAGGGAAAAGAAGAGGAGGCUGAAGAAAAGGAGGAAGAGAAGGCAGAUGCUGAGGAGGAAGAGGAGGAGGAAGCAGCAGCAGCAGAGGAAGCUGUGGAGGGGGAGGGAAAAGAAGAGGAGGCUGAAGAAAAGGAGGAAGAGAAGGCAGAUGCUGAGGAGGAAGAAGAGGAGGAAGCAGCAGCAGAGGAAGCUGUGGAGGAGGAGGGAAAAGAAGAGGAGGCUGAAGAAAAGGAGAAAAUGGAAGCUGAUGCUGAGGAAGAAGCAGAAGAUGAAGAGGAGGAAGCAGCAGCAGAAGAAACUGUGAAAAAAGGUAAGGAGGAAGAGGAAGCUGAUGCUGAGGAGGAAGAGGAAGCUGCUGCUGCUCCUGCUGUCGAAAAGGAAGAUACUUUAAUCCCUGCUGAACCUUAUGAGGUGAAAGAAGAACAAGAACAAGUCACUUCUAAAGAAGCUGAGGCAGCUGAUGAGGAGGAGGACAAAAUUGAUGUAGUUAAAGAACCACCUGAGGACGAAGAUGGAAAAGAAGAUACUCCUGCUGAUGAUAAAGAGAAAAAAGAAGAAGUAGAUGACAUUACUGAUGAUGACCAAAAAGAUGACCAAAGUGAGGAGAAAGAUGAUGAUGAUGAGGUCGAAGAGGCUGCUAUCGUUAUUGCUCUUGGUAUCAUAGCUGAUGCUGGUGCUACAGUCACUGAUGUUGAAGCGCAAGAAACUGACAUAACAACCCUGAAAGAAGAGGAGAAAGAUGAAAAGGAUGAAAGCGCAGAGGAAGUGGAAACUGCCGAAAAACCAGAACCGAUCCCUAAAGCCGAGGAAGUGAAAGAAAAAGAAGCAGAGAAACCUGUGGCAGAGGCUGAAAAAGAAGACAAACAAAAAGAGCCCUCUACCUGUCCUUGUAUGCAUUCAGUAAUACAUAAAGAGCCUCAAAAAGCCCAAGACACUAAACCAAAGGAAGAAAAAGCUGAACCUGAUAAAGUAAAGAAAAGAGCUAAAAGAGUCACCCUUGAGCACAAGAAAGCAGAGGCUAAGAGAAGGGAACCCCUGCUUAAACAGAGAAAAGAAAAAGAGGCUCCAAUAAGAACCAGACUAGAGAAAGCAAAGAAAGCUCCAAAAGCAAAGGCAGCAGCUGUCAACAUACCCAAAACGAGAAGAUCUCGAGCCUCAGAGGACAUGGAAGUGUCAGCUGCUCCAGCUCCGAUACAGGAUCUUCCUAUGUGCCGACCAACACCUGUGUACUGCCCAGCGCCACCUGGCUGGUAUGUGCAUCAUAUAGUUACAAGUAGCCCAUUACCACCAUCGGCUAUUCCAGAAUCAGAAGUUCCGAUUUUAACAACUCAUCAAGCUCCAACUUUACUGAAAGAACCAGAUGCUGCUAAGGCGAAGGCAAAACAAGCCACUAAAAAGAAAGAACCAGCUGUGCCAAAAGAAAAAGCCAAAGCAGCUCCUGCGAAGAAGGAGCCCACAGUUACUAAAGCCAAAGUAAAACCUGCAGUGGCAAAGAAAGGGCCGAUCGCUGUGAAAGAGAGGUCUAAAAGGACAGAGCGAGUGAUCACUAAAGAAAAGGCAAAACCUACCUCUACUAAGAAAGAGCCAGCAGUAACAAAGAAGGCAAAAGUAACAACAACCUCACAUAAAGAAGAAAAAACUGUAAAGGAAGUGAAGCCCAAAGCAGAGGUCAAGAAAAGGGCAGCAUCAACACCAAAAGCCAAACAAGCUAUUAAAGUUGUGGGAAAACCUGCUCCAGAUGAGAAGAAAAUGGCAGAAGAAACCAAAGAGAAAGCAGCCGAGGCACCGGCACCAGCAAAAGACCUGAAAGCAGAGGAAAAUGUCACAGAAGGCAAAAAGCCAGGCAAGAUACCGUACUUCCAGUGUGUUUUAAUGAGUUCAAAAUCCAGCCAAUAUCCACUGCGGCCCAUGUCCCCUGCUAUGAAUCCAGCUAUUAACCCCACCAUGAUGAGAGCCAUGAUGGAGCAGAGGGCCGCAUUACUGCAGCAGAAAGCCCGUGCAGCUGGCCAGUAACUGGACGACAGACCCCGUCUGGCCCUGGCAGGUGCAAACUGCUUAUGAACUGCUAUAAAAACAUAGUGCUGCUGGGCUCUCAAGAGCUAUCUUCCUAAACCAUCAGAAACUUUAACAAAUAAUGAGUAGAGGUCCCUGGUUUCUCAAUGGACGCUCUCCAUACUUUCAUAAGUGAUUUUUGAAUCUGACCAGUUUCUCAAUUUUGACAAAAAAGAGAUAUAAAUAAAUUCUAAUGUACAUUUUGAAAUAUAUUUAAUGCAUAAACACCUGCCAAAGAAAUGUUGUGUACCUGGGCAGAUUUACUUUUUUUUUUCUUUGAGAUCUUAAAUCAUUUGUUUACAUUUUUUGCAGGGAAGAUUCUGAUGUUUUUUUUUUCUUAUUGUACAUAAGACUACUCAGCGGUGAAGCAAAUUUAAAACUGGUUAAAUAAUUUAAGUGUUGAUCUAAAUAUUCAGAUAUUUAUUUUUCUAUGUCAGAGUAUAUGAUCCCGUUACAGAAAGAAAUCUAAGAGCACACACUCACUAAGGGCCUUAUCUUUUGGCCCAGGCCAUUUCCUUUGACUCACUGUUAAUACGAUUAUGUGUAGUGUGUCUGGGUUCUAGCAGGGUCUGCGAUCUCUCUGCAUUUGUAUGCAUGGCCAUUAGAAAACAGGAGGACGCCAUUUGGACCGAAUCCGAUUUCUAUCUUAACCAAUGAAAAGAGCUUACAUGCUUAUAGAAUUGAAAGAGACAUUAAGAAAUGAAGGCACACAAAAGCCUACAGCCUCUAAAUAACGGAAGGCUUUCAUUUUACUUGACUGAGACUUUUCUUGAGUAUCUCUUUAGUUAAUUGAAACCCCUUAUUGGAGGUUAUUAGAUUUAUGGUAGUGAAUUGAAUAGUGUAUGAAUAUGUCAAAUCAAAAUGUUCAAGUAGCAAUUGUGCUACUUGUGUAAAGUAUACAGUAAAUAUAGUGUUUGUCCGCCAUGCCAUAGUAUUCUCUCUUUUCCUAGAUCAGCGGUCUUCAGCCUUUUUCAAACCAAACCCUUUGCAGAUACACACAUUAGCUGCAUUCAAGGCCUGGCCUAAAAUAUAGGGAUGCACCGAUACCACUUUUUCCAGUACUCGCCCGA